AUGGCAAGUGAAGCUAAUCCGUCUCCAUCUAUAAUAAUUCGGUCAUUCCAAGCAUCUGAUCUAGCUCAAUGUCAAGCUCUAUUUUCAGCAGGACAUAUGUCUUAUGGAAACGCCAAGAUAUAUAUCGACCACGCUAUGCGGAAAGAUAUAUCUGAUAUAGACAAGAAUUAUAUGCAAGUUACGAAUGGACACUGGUGGGUGGCUGUAUCCACGGAGGAUAAUCGGAUUAUCGGUCAAAUAGCUAUACUACCAUUGAAAAUAGGUGAUCCAUCGUUCUAUAAAACCAUGUCUGAUGAUGAAUGCGAUCAAACUUGUGAGUUAAUUCGAUUGGUUGUUGCGCCUGAUGCUCAAAGAUUAGGAAUAGGCAAGAAGUUAAUUUCAACAUUGUUCGAGUUCGCGCGUGAAAGAGGAUUCAAUCAAGUACAUCUGACUACAUUAACAAGUAUGGAUAAAGCCUGCGCGUUCUAUGAGAGGAACGGCUUUGUCAAAGGCCAUAUUGAGAAAUAUUCACGGAAUGAUGUUAAAGUUGAUUCAUCAGAAUGCGUGAUUCUUGACCCGAAUGCUACAAUACCGGAAGAAGACCAGCGACAGAUGAAAAUGCAAUUGGACAAAGCGGCAUUUUUGUAUGUUCAACAUUAUUUUCGAAAGCUUUAA